CAAUCCCACAGUCCCAAAACCUCACUACAAACACUGCAUAAUUGCCCAAACUGAACUGAUUUAGGAACGAACAAUGAAGUCUCUACAGUUACUUGUCUCACCACAUCCUCUCAACCUCUCUUCUCCAAUGGCCGUCUCUGCUUCAAAUCUUCACUUCUCAACCUUCGCAAUCAUGCCCAUCGCUCAACAGCGUAAAACACCCAUUUCAAAACGGUCUUCAAAGCUCACCAAAACCCUAUCACCAACACCACCACCAACAGCAAUUUCAACUACAGAAACAUCCACUUCCACAACAACAACGACAGCUACCAGUUCUCUCUCUCCCAAAAAGGUUCUGGUUCCGAUUGGGUUUGGUACGGAAGAAAUGGAAGCUGUGAUAUUGGUUGAUGUUCUGCGGCGAGCUGGUGCAGAGGUGACUGUGGCGUCGGUUGAGCGGCAGCUAGAAAUUGAAGCUUCUGGUGGCAUUAGACUGGUUGCUGAUACAUCCAUUUCCACAUGUUCAGAUGAAAUUUUUGACCUUGUUGCGUUACCGGGAGGAAUGCCUGGAUCUGCACGCUUAAGAGAUUGCAAAGUUCUUCGUGAAAUUACAAGCAAACAAGCUGAGGGAAAAAGGUUAUAUGGUGCAAUCUGUGCUGCUCCAGCAGUCACACUUUUGCCAUGGGGACUUAUCAGGAGAAAACAGACGACUUGUCACCCUGCAUUCAUGGACAAGCUUCCACAUUUUUGGGCUGUUAAAUCAAACAUCCAAGUUUCAGGAGAGCUUACAACAAGCCGUGGCCCUGGUACUUCUUUUGAGUUUGCUGUAACACUAGUGGACCAACUGUUUGGGGAGUCUGUUGCCAAGGAGGUUGGAGAAUUGUUGCUUAUGAAAACUGCUCUUGACAAUCCUAGAAAAGAAGAAUUCAAUGAAGUUGAGUGGGCAAUCGGUCAUAAUCCUCAUGUUCUCAUUCCAGUUGCAAAUGGUUCUGAAGAAAUUGAAGUAGUAACAAUUGUAGAUAUUCUACGGCGGGCAAAAGUGGAUGUUGUGGUUGCUUCAGUUGAAAAAUCCACACAGAUAUUGGCAUCCCAAGGCACAAAAAUUGUUGCAGACAAGUCAAUUGAUAGUGCUUCUGAAUCAAUAUAUGAUUUGAUCAUCCUACCGGGAGGAAUUGCUGGAGCAGAGCGGUUACACAGAUCCAAGGUUCUAAAGAAGUUGCUUAAAGAACAAGAAUCAGCUGGAAGAGCAUAUGGAGCAAUCUGCUCUUCACCAGCAGUACUGCAUAAACAAGGGUUGCUCAAGGACAGGAGAGCCACCGCUCAUCCCUCUGUCAUGAGCAAGCUCACCAAUGAGGUAGUUGAUGGUGCCCGAGUAGUUAUUGAUGGUAAAAUUAUCACAAGCAAGGGACUCGCGACUGCAACAGAUUUUGCAUUGGCUAUUGUGAGCAAGGUUUUUGGUCAUGCAAGGGCAAGGAGUGUAGCAGAAGGACUGGUGUUUGAAUACACCAGGAGCUAGACUUAGCAUGCAAUUGAAAUGUAUACGAAGCACCCAAUGCUGUGAUAAGUAGAGCUAUAUUCCCCAAAUGAAACCAGUCAGGAGACAUUUUUCUACCAAAAUUUCACCAUUGGUAGCUGAUAAGUAGUCUUGUGACACGGCUGGUUAACCCAUUCCUGAUCCCGAUUGUAAGGGGGCAAUCGAGCAUCUUGGGAUUUCUGCAGCCUAACUGAAGUCCGAGUAUGGAGUUUGGACUGGAUGAUCAGGAUUGAAGCUGAUUUUGUUGCAUCUUCGUCUUGUUUGAGCUUUUAAAUCAAUGGAAUGAAGAUGGCGAGGGCGGUGAGGGCAAGAUGGUGGUUAUACUUUUGUAUUAUUGGUUGCCUUUUACUCAACAUUUGAUUUAUAGACUCGGGGUAUGAAAUCUUCAUUAUAUGUUUGGAACUAAAAUUCUUCAGAUUUUAAAUUUAAGGCGCUGAUUUGGUGCUCUCAACAGUGUUAUAAAUGAGAUAUUUUAUAUGCAUUGAUUCACUUUAUUUAUUUUCAA